CGUUCCGCGCCGGACGUGGCAGCGGCGGGAGCGAUGCGGGCGGUGCCGCCGGGGCCGGGGCCGGGGCCGGGGCUGUGGCUGGUGUUGACGGGUGCGCUGGUGGCGGGCAGCGGCUCGGAGCACCCCCGGCUGCGCCAGACCGUGCUGCGGGACCUGGCCCGCGGCAAGGUGGAGAGCUGCGGCGGGUGACGGCUGAACCGCCUCAGGGAGGUGAAGGCGUUCGUCACCCAGGACAUCCCGUUGUACCAUAACCUGGAGAUGAAACACCUGCCUGGUGCUGACCCUGAGCUUGUGCUCCUCAGCCUCCGGUAUGAAGAGUUAGAGAGAAUUCCCCUGAGCGACAUGACCCGGGAAGAGAUCAACCAGCUGGUGCAGGAGUUGGGCUUCUACCGCAAGGAGACACCUGAUGCCCCUGUGCCAGAGGAGUUCCAGUUUGCCCCUGCCAAGUCUCUGCCAAUACUGCUGCAUCCCCAAGCACCCACUGCUGAUGUCAAGACCCCACCCAAAUAUGACAAGGAAGAACACCCAGACCUCUAGCAAGGAGUGCCACCCUUAGGACAGGGUCCUGCAGCCAGUCCCCAGUGUAGGGAAUAAGGGCGUUAUGGCAGCUGGACAUGAUGUCACAGGGUGGCAAAGUUUUCUCCCCUCAGUCUUGUUUGUGUACUGGUUGAUGCCCUCCUGUCCUUGGAGCCCAUUAUCCUUGGCCAGUCAGAAGGAGGAGCAUUCCUUCAAUCUCUUGCUGUGCAUAGACUGGGCAGCAGUAUCCUGCCUGCAUGGGACAGGAUGAAACCCUCAGCAGAAAGUGCCAGGUGCUAAGGGUAGAUGUGCUGAGUCCCAAAGGUGGGAGAGCUGCCCCAAAAAGGGGGCUUUACCCUCCCCAGCAGGGUUUAUGUCAUAUCCAGCUCCUAGUAAAGCUUUUAUUUUGCAGUCA